UCAACAUACAGCUGGCUGGUUAUACGAUGUACCGGCAGGAUAGAACAGCGGCGUCUGAUGGAAAUGUUCCUGAUGAAUGCUGUUUCCAGUAUUACCAAAGAAGAAUCCCCAAACAAUUAAUUGUGGCAUAUGAAAUGACCAGAUCUGACUGCACUCAUAAGGGGGUCAUUUGUGCCAAUCCAGAUGAGUCUUUGAUUGACAGGAUCAUGAAGGCCAUCGAUGAGAGUAGAUUCCACUUCGCUGUGUCAACAUCCCGAGAGCAUCCAGAAGACUUCCUUGAGCCACGCCCCCACCAGCUCCUGACAGUCUGA